AUGCUUGAGACAGAGACUCUCAAGGCCUCUCUGCAGCAUGCUCAACGAACUAUCCAGAGCCAGCGAAGCCAGCUUCAUCGUGAAAAGACGGAAAAGCUUGAAUUCAGACGCAUUAUCCAAGACCUUCGUAACCUUCGUAACGAUCUAGAAAAGGCUAGGAACGAUCUUGAACAGGGCACUGCUCCGUCACGAAUUCGUGGCGGCCGGAUGGUCGAACCUAAGAGGGUUAAAGCUAGGCCCGCGACUGGGUUGAAUAGCUUAUUCACUCAUGUCUUCCAAGAAGUUGAUGAUGAAUCUCCAAGGGAGUCAACGAAAACUUACAAUGAGUCGUACUUUGAGACAUCGAGUGAGUAG